GAAAACACCCAAAUGAGAGCCAGCAAGGUUAUUAGAUAAGGCACCGAAAACCGCAGAAAAAUCCUCGUCCAUUUGCCACUCUCGUACGAUUUUGUUCUCACUCGUGUUCGCUUGCGGGCGGAUCAAUGGAGAAGGCGGCUUCUUUCCUCUCCUCCCUCCUCCUCGGCGGCGGCGGCGGCGAUGAGGGACCGGCGGCGGCGACGGUGAAAUCCCUCCUCGUAUACCCCAUCAAGUCCUGCAGGGGCAUCUCCGUGCCCCAGGCCCCCGUCACCUCCACUGGGUUCAGGUGGGAUCGGCAGUGGGCGGUGGUGAACGCCAAAGGGAGGGCCUACACACAGAGGGUGGAGCCCACGAUGGCACUGGUCCAGGUGGAGAUGCCGCCGGAGGCCUUCGACGAGGAUUGGAAACCCACGCCGGACUCCUACUUGGUUGUAAGAGCACCUGGAAUGGACUCACUGAAGGUCCCUCUCGCUGCGGAACGCACCACGCUUGAUGAUGUCUCCGUGUGGGAGUGGUCUGGUUCUGCAUAUGAUGAAGGAGAUGAAGCAGCAGAAUGGUUCUCCACCUAUUUUGGAAAGCCAAGUCGACUCGUGCAGUUUAAACAAGAGUCCGAGAUCAGGCCGACUAAUCUUGACUAUGCUCAAGGUUACAAAAUCACCUUUGCGGAUUGCUUCCCCUUCCUGAUAGCCUCCCAGGGCUCACUGGAUGCGCUAAAUGAGAUUCUUAAAGAACCUGUGCCAAUGAAUCGCUUCAGACCAAAUAUUUUAGUGGAUGGAUGCCACCCAUACUCAGAGGAUCUGUGGAAAAACAUAAAGAUAAACAAGCUAGCAUUUCAAGGUGUGAAGUUAUGCAACCGUUGCAAGGUGCCUACCAUUAAUCAAGACAACGGAAUACUUGGCACUGAACCAACAGAAACGAUGCUGACAUUCCGGUCUGACGAAGUGUUGCGUCCGGGCCACAAGAAUAAGCGGCAGGUGUACUUCGGGCAGAAUUUAGUCUGCAAGGAAGCUUUAUCAGCCUGGGGCAAAGGGCAGAUCAUCAAGGUCGGUGAUCCGGUUUAUGUUCUGCAGGCAUUCCCUUCUUUGAAUGAAGCUCCAGCCUAAACAAGGGGAUGGUAGCAACUACUGUAUCUGUUUCCUGUGUGCGGAAAAGAUGACUGGUUGGUUGAUUUUAUGCACAUGUUCUGUAAAUUAUAGACGGUGCUUGUUUGGAUGAGCUGUAUUCUUUGUGUGAGCUUCGUUAUGUGAACCAUAUAAAGCUCCCUGGUGACAUAUCUCCAUCCAAAUACUCCCCCUUAGCAAUAAAGCUUGACAGGCCUGUUUCUUAUGCCCUCAAGUUGAAAUGAUAACAUCAUCUGGUUCUUUAA